CGUCCCUUCCAGCUCCCGGAACGCCGCGGUGCCGCCACGGGCUCCCCGCUGGAAGAGUCCACAUAAACGCCUCUGGAACGCUCGGACGGACGUCGGGAAGCAAAAAUGCGCCCGAUGCGGAUCUUCGUCAACGACGACCGGCACGUGAUGGCCAAGCACUCGGCCGUGUACCCCACGCAGGAGGAGCUGGAGGCCGUGCAGAACAUGGUCUCCCACACGGAGCGAGCGCUCAAAGCCGUCUCCGACUGGAUCGACGAGCAGGAGAAGGUCAGCGGGGAGCAGCCGGAGUCGGAGUCCAUGGAGACGGCGGCCGAGGAGGAGAACAAGGAAGGAGGGUGA